AUGCCGCCCUCCCCCCAGCCUGCAGACUUUACCGCGCAGGUGGAGAUAUGGCCAAAGCACAUUACGUGUGACCCGCGCGCAGAAGCAGAGACAGAGGACGUGGAAUCCCAGGAAACAAAGAAAAAUAUCAUGAAAGAAACAAAUAAGUUCAUAACAGAAGAAGUCCCUCCAUGGUCCCAGUCCAGCUGUGACGACACCAAACCGACCGAGGACACUGCAGAGGACGCACAGAGUGGAACAGCCGGCCACACCAGCACCACGGUAAUCCACAUAGUCCUCUCAGAGCCUUCAUGGUUCUCUGCUGAAAGUCCUAAAGUUUAUCUCUGUGUGGCCUUUUCCAGCUCCAGAGACCAGCCACCGUCCACACCUCCUUCCCCCGCCCCCCUCACACUGAGAGAGGAGACCCCAGAGGAGGAUGGUCUGCCCCACAUGGUCCAGGCCCUGUCAGAGUCUGUCCUCAAAGACCUGGAUGUGCUGCUCCCUGGCCAGACCACAGAGGAGGACCAGACCACAGAGGAAGACCAGGCCACAGAGGAAGACCAGACCACAGAGGAAGACCAGACCAGAGAGGAAGACCAGACCAGAGAGGAAGACCAGACCAUUACUUUUGUCUAG